ACGAUUUCUUGAUCGUUGUUAUUUAAAAUUUGAUCAUAACUUCAUAAGCACAAACUUAAGAUACCCGUGACGGAUAUUAUGCAGCGCUGUAAAUAUCGCGUGAAGGGUGACAAGCGAGGCGCCGCUCGACAUCCGCUGGCGCAGCCCUGACGGGCGGGCAUCGCCCUAGUUGCCCCUUCGCAUCGAACGGUUGCGUAGUAGCGAUCGCGAGCCCUAGCCACAGAACCCUGUUAUUAUUUCAACUAUGUGUCUAAAUUUGUUUCUAAUCGAUAUUUUCUUUGUCUGACUGUGAUUCGUGUUGGUGCGAGUGUUUGGUUUGGAUUCAUAUACUGCAAAGGAAUAUUUUACGGACUUGAAAAUGGAAGAUUCCUAUAUAAUAGCUAAUUUCCACACUCUGUGUCGCUUGUGUUUGAGCAAGAGCUCUCUGAUGGUGUCGAUUUUCGGAGCCGCGCCUGACGAUGAAACCAAUUCGGCGCUAACCUCGAAAAUCGCUGAAUUUUCCGAACUUCAGAUGGACCCUAAUGAUGGCCUACCUGGAAGAAUCUGCUACAAAUGCUUGUUUAAAGUAGAUAAAUGUACAAAAUUUCGCCUUCAAUGUAUCCAGAAUGAGACAAGACUGAGACAGAUCACAAAUAGAGUCAAUGAACAAGACAAUUCUAAUUCCUCAGAGAUGUCCAAUUUUUACACCACCCCUCAAGAUAUAAACAAACAAGAUUACAUUGUAGAAGACAGUGUUGUUAUGGUGGUAGACCCAAGCCUAGACUAUGAUUCCUCGGAGGAGUCUGACAAUGCAGAUCAACCUGAUGCAGAUGCUACAGAACGAAACAACACCCCUGAUGGAGACCAUAUGCCAGAGUCAUUCUUCAAAAAUGUUGCCAUGUGUCAGUAUUGUGAUCAAGCUUUCAUUUCUCAAGAUAAGUGUAAAGAACAUGAGGUUACUUGCCAUGAUCCUAACCUGCCGUUUAAAUGUAUACAAUGUGGCUUAGUGUUCCCUGAGCGAAACCAAUAUGUCCAGCAUAUCAAGCAAGUACAUGGCACUGACAAACCUUAUCACUGCCCGGAGUGUGACAAGUCCUUUGGCCGCAGAUCAGAUUUAAGGAAGCAUUCAAUAGUUCAUACUGGCAUCAGGCCAUUUCAGUGCCAGUACUGUCUGAAAAGCUUCUCUCGUAACACAAAUCUAAGCAAACAUCUCAGGAUACAUGCGGGCACCAAGCCACAUGUAUGCCCUUUAUGUCCAAGAAGCUUUGUGUGCCGCAAUGACUUACAGCGCCAUGUCCUAGUCCAUUCUGGUAUGAAACCAUAUGCGUGCCGAAAGUGCCCUUUGACAUUUGGUAGAAGAGAUAAACUAAUUAAACAUGAAGUCAGACAUGGUCCUCUGAGUCCCAACCAAGUGCAUGAAAUAGAUAAUGAGCAGGAGACACAUGAUAUGGUAGUCAGCGUCAACCCUUUCAGCAACUUACUGACUUCUCCCACCCACCAAGGUGCUGAUUAUGAUCUCCCUCGAGUACCAGACCACAUUUCCGGUGUUAGUAGUUUUAUUAAUCAAAUACAUAAAACCCCUUCCACUUCAGGAAAGCUAACAACAUCUCCACUAAAACCAAAACCAGUAUCAAAUAAAAACAGGCCUAAAAAUAUAAAAUGUCACCAAUGUCCAAAAAAGCUAUCUUCAUUAGAUGCAUAUAAGACUCAUGUUUCAAUUGCACACAUUGGAAACAGAGGAUUCCAAUGCAAAAUAUGCUUCAAGAAAUUUUCUCGUAAGAGAGAGCUGGACCGACAUGUGACCCUUCACUCUGGAAUGAAGCCUUUCUCAUGCGGUCAAUGUGAUAAAAAAUUCAAUAGGAAAGACAAACUGAAUAAACAUGAGGAAACUCAUGAAUGCCUGGUUGUGAACAUGCCUUGUAUUGAAUGUGGGCUCACUUUUGAAAAGAAAGCUGACUUAGUAGCCCACAUUAAAUCUCACUUCACUGACAAUUUUGAUGACAAGCCUGAGAUUAAGAAGGAGGAUGAGCCCGAGUUCCCAAUAGAUGACAACUAUUAUGACUUGGAGACCUGAGAUCAGGAGUUUAACAUUGAUUUUUUGAAUUGUGGCACUGCUAUUCUAUAAACACCACUGUCCUUAAAUAAUUAUGUUUCAAUCCAUGUAAUUCCGAAUUUUAUUGUGCAAUUGUUUAUUACAUAGAUUUAGAUUUAUUUAUUUCAUAAUAUUAAAUUACAUUAUAAAUUAUUUUAACUUAAUCUAUACAAAUACAAAUCUAUACAAAUCUAACAUUUCAUUAAUGGUGUUAUACGCAACAUUUGUACGCAAAAGGUAUUAUCUAAAGGUUUAAUUACACUUUUAUCAUAAAAUCUAAGUGAGAUUGCACACGAUUGACACGAUUGUAAAGGUAAAUGACUAAAACGGUUUUUGUAAGUGCCCAUGAACACGCACUCCCUGUGUCCACUUCCAUAGGUACUACUUUACUAUCUAUAGUGAUAAGAACGCUCACCGCACGAUAAUUCUUUAAAAACAUCUAGUACAUUGGCGCCUCCUCGGAAGACACGUCCUCUUCCUCCUCAGCCUCAGCAGACGAUUCUGAGACAAAAUUAGUCGCUUGUCCUUUGCGCCCCUGCCCCCGCGAUCCAGAACGGCCGCGGCUGCGGCUACCGAAACUCCUCACAGGCCCCGCUUCCCGCGCCGGCUGCAGACGAGGACAUAACCUUCGUAAAUGCCUAAUAGCCUUGCAUCCACUGCACUGGUAUGACGUAAACUUGCAGCCCUUAGCAACAUGAUCGUAGACGCCGCAUGCCGUGCACCGCUCCGCGCCCCGCGAGUUGCCCGCGUAGACGGCAUUCAGCCCUUCUUGCCAUUGUACCUGGCCACUGUUUCCGCUGCCCUCAACCAAUGCAGCAUCUUUCUUCGCGGUUUCUAAAGCGGUGGCGAGUGUCACCGCCCUCGCGUAGGUAAGUUUCUGCUCCGCGAAGAGCCUUUGCCGAAUAACCAUACACUAGCUGGUCGCGCAAGUUGUCUUCCAGUGCCGCCCCAAAAUCACAGUAUCUGGACAAUUGCUUGAGCUCCGCCACGUAUUGUGCCACCUUCUCGCCCGCCUGCUGGCGUGCUUGCCGGAACCGAUACCGUUCCGCCAUUAUGGACGGUCUAGGCUGUAUAUGAUUCCCCAUUCCGCUCUUAGGACUAGUAAGGUUCACCAUAAGUUCGUGUGUUCGAUCACCCACUAGUGAAAUUAAAGUUGGUAGAUCAAGUUCGUUCUUUAUGUCAUUUGCCGUAAGAUACAUUCUCACUCGAUCACAAUACGAUAGCCAGUUACCGUUCACCACGUCGAAUUCUUUAAUCUUGCCAAUCGACAUUGUCUUACACUUUCCUUGAUAACCACACUCACAGUUAUUUACGCGUAUUAGAAUAGUAACUUUUAUCCAUUCGUAUCCAUUGUCUGAUAAAUGAAACAACUCUUGAGGCUUGUAGGAAAUAUUCGCGACUGGCGCAUGACACCCGACAUAUAUCAGUCUACCCUCUAAUAUACCUACAUAACACAUAUAUUGGAUAAUUUGCUGUAAGAUGAACAAUAUAGAUACUAUAGAUAGGCCUUUUGUUGUAACUUUUAAAUUUUAAAGAGUUCUCAAUGUGAUUAUUAUAAAUAGUAUUAAAUUUAAUUAGAUCAACACUAUUUUAACUUAUUAAUUAUUCACAACGACAUGACUUAAUCGCGUAAAAUUAAGAUUUAAAUUUACCUCCGACGUUUCGCGGACGGUGUUGUCCCCGUGGUCUCGGAGAAGAAUUUAAAACUUAAUUUUACGCGAUUAAGUCACGUCGUUGUGAAUAAUAAUGUGUAAAAAUCGUAAAGGUUUAAGACGAAAGUGGAGGACCCACGCGAAAUCUCCUUAGACUCCUUUUCAUACAAAUGUAGUCCUCAUUUUCCUCUGGAUAUUAACAUUAUUGAAAAUAUUCAACACAGUUUAUAGUACUUAUAUCAACCACAGUUAUGCCCCUACGUUGAAUUUUUUCGAAUUUUUAAUUAUUAUAAAAGUUAGCAUUUAAAAAUUUGUAUGAAACCUUUUUUUGCUCCUUAAUUUUACAAUAAUCAAAAAAUCUAAAUAAAAAAGUCUAACGUAGAGGCGUAGGUAUGGUUAAUAUGUAUCAAAUUAUGUAAAAAUAUUUUCCAUAAUGUCAAUAUCCAGAGAGGAAAAUGGGGACUACAAUUGUAUGGAGAAGCGGCUGUCCCCUUUCCUCUUAAAUCACUAUUUUAACUUGUAUGGAAGUAUCACAAUACAGAGCCAAUUCAUAGCGUGGAUCUAGGGUACUUUAUCAACAUAUUAAUACAAGUAGUAUAACUAAAUGUGGUUACUGCAGAAUAUUUAUUAAUACAUACUUCGGAACAAUCUCCAUUUUAAACUAUCAGAAAUAACUUAUAUAAUAUGUUGGUAUUAUAUCUUUAAGAAAUAAAUUAUUAUAGUCAUAUUAGUAUUUAGAUACAUGUGUGGAGUUGCUGCUCCCUAAAAACUUAUUCUGUUACUACAUAUACAUGUUAUUACGAAUUAUAUGCACCAACUACAAUUAUGCAAUAAAAAAUCAAGCCAUUAAUU